AUGCCUUUUAAUUAUACAAAAUGUUUUGUUACAGUAGGUACAACACGCUUCGAUCUACUUGCCGAAUUUAUCACCUCGCAACCUAUACUUCACGCUCUAAAACAAAUUGGUUGCAAAGAAAUAACCUUUCAAAUAGGAAAUAGCGGCAUUGACCCAGGAGAAUACGAAAAAGAAGGAAUAAAAUUACAUUUGUAUCGGUUUAAAGAUUCUAUACAAGAAGAUAUCAAUAAAGCAGACUUAGUCAUUAGUCAUGCUGGUGCCGGAAGUUGUCUUGAAGCUUUAGAUGCAAAUAAGCCGCUUUUAGUUGUUGUUAACGAAGAUUUGAUGGAUAAUCAUCAGUUAGAAUUAGCAGAACAAUUGCAAGUUGGUGGUCACUUGUAUUAUUGUACAUGUGACACUCUGGAGAGCACAUUAGGAGCAGUCGAUUUUAGUUUGCUGACUCCAUUUCCUAAGCCAAAUUCAUCAUUAUUUGUUAAAUAUUUAGAUGACGUGUUAAAAGUAAAAAAUUGUAUGGAAUAG